CUUGACUGUUAGAAGCAUUUUCAAAUCUCCCAAAGAAAUGUGCAAAUAUUUUAACUAGAUGUCACAAGACUUUGCAUCGAAUUCUCUUCCAACGUUUAAAUUACUUCUUAUCGGUGAUUCAUGUGUUGGCAAAACUUCAUUAUUAAUCCGUUUUAAAGAUGGUAUAUUCAUAAAAGGUAGUUAUAUUUCAACUGUUGGAAUUGAUUAUAAGACAAAAACAGUAAAAGCUAAUGAUCAAUUAGUUCGUUUACAAAUAUGGGAUACAGCUGGACAAGAGAAAUUUCGUAGUUUAACAAAAUCAUAUUAUCGUGAUACUAAUGCUGUACUACUUGUAUAUGAUAUAUGCAAAAUGGAUUCAUUUAGUAAUAUAAAAUCAUGGAUGAGUGAAAUCAAUGCAAAUAUACAAUCAAAUAAUAAUAAUAUACUUAUUAUAUUAGUUGGGAAUAAAUUAGAUGAAGAAAAAAAUCGUAUGGUCACUAAAAAAGAAGGUGAACGUUUAGCUCAACAAACGGAUGCAUUAUUCUGGGAGACAAGUGCUAAAACUGGGGCUAAUGUCGAUUCAAUGUUUCAUUGUAUAGCUGAACGUUUACUUGAAAUUCAAACACCAAUUUGUACCAUUUCAUCAACGAAUUCAACUCAACAAUCAAAUGGUUAUUCAACAACUAUCAAUGAAAUUCAUAAUUCAAUAUCAUCAAAUCAAUCAUUUAAAUUAAACCAUUCAACCAAACCAUUACGUAAUUGUUGUUCUAGUUAAAUAGAACAACAACAACAACGACAACAAGAACAACAAUGUAGAUUGAAUUGAAUUUGCUUAGUUUCAUCUAUACUGAAUGUAAAUGAUUAUUAUCAUUAUUAUUAUUAUUAUGACUCUUAUUACAAUAAAUUAAGUAUAAUUCAGGAUGUUUCAUUCAAUAAGAGACUCCUAUUUUUUUCACGGUUUAUACAAAAAAAAAACAAUAAAGAAAAGAAAAGAAAGAAAGAAAAGAAAAGAAUAAACAAACAAACGAACAGAAAUUGUACGUGGAGAAUUAAUUCAAAAUUACCGGAAGUUUGUAUUCAAUGUUUUAUUCUCAUUGUUGUUGUUGUUGUUGCUGUUAUUAUUCAAUGUUUAUUGUAAUUUAAUAUUCAUUAUUACGUUACUAUCGCACACAUAGGGGAAGAGACACACACACAGGGGGGGGGCGAGAGACACAUACACAAACAAGCUAUAUUUAUAUAUAUAUAUAUCUCUUUGCAUUCCAUAAGGAAAUACAUUCAUUGAAUGAAAUUAGAGUUGAUUAUUACUCAAACUAAAGAGAUGAUAUAAUUAUUUUUUGUUUUUCUUUUCUUUUCUUUUCUUUUUUUUUUAGGAAAAGUAACUUAUAAUACACUUUCUUAUUUGUAUAUGUAUAAUUCAUAGAAAUACAUAGCUGUGUGCUUAAUGUAUAUUUUACAUAAAUGUAACUACUAAUAUACAAUCAUAUUGUACUUUACAAAGUUUAUCAACUUUUAGUUUAGUUUGAAUCGAAUGGUACUGGAUUCGAGUUUCAGAGUGAACAUCAACUCUCUGAGAUCCAGGUACAUCUAGCUGAUGAGUUCCAAAUAGGACGAAACGUGCGUCAAACUGGAUUCUAUUGCUAGCCAUUAUCCAUCAUUGCUUACAAAUAGCUUUUGAAUUAAGGUAAUAUCGAGGCAUACGCACAGUAUACACAUAUGCCAAUAACAGACUGAUCAAUUGCAGUGUUAAACCUCAAUAGGAAGAUACAAGUCAAACAAUACAAAGUGAAUUUUUAUUUUAGUGUUUCUCAUCCAGAAAGAUUGUAUCAUAAUCUCCAUAGGGUAGGAUCGUGGAUACAUAUUAUUGAGGAGUUUAAUAUUAGGACGAAAGAGCUGUUUAGUACUUUCAGGUUAUCCAAAAUUGAUUGAUUACUGAGUGGUGGUGAUCAACGUCAUGUGUGUCAAGUCCUUAUUUAGUACAGAACGAAUGUUAUCGACCAUGUUGCAAUGUGGCCAUCAGUCUAGGUGACUAGACACUAUGUGCAUUAUAUAUUGAGAUUAAAUGGUGGUUGGAGGUAGUCGACAGGAAACCCUGAACAUCUUUGACUGUGAAGCUGGGUGACAUGGGAUCGAAUGUGCCAGGGAGCACCAGUUCCCUCAAGAUUACAGGUACACCUUGCUGAUGACGAGUGCCUAGUAGCACGAAACCCGGGUCCAGGGUUUCAUGUCGACUACCUCCAACCACCAUUUACUUUCAGGUCUUUCACAAUGGUCUAGCUUGAAUUAAUUCAUGAAAUCAACUAUUAAAAUUACUAUAAUCUUCACAAAACCAUUUUUCUGAUCACUAACAUAAGUUAUUAAUAAAUCAAAUAACUGAUGAAUAACAAAUGAUGCUAUGAGUAACACACUGAUGAUCAGAUUUUGUUUUGUCGAUACUUUUCAAUUAGAUCGAUUUAUUUUAUAAGCGAUAUUUUUAAUGUUGUCGUUAUUGAGUUACUGUCUUAUUUACAUUUACUUACGUCUCUUACCCUUCAUGGAGGAGGAGGAGGUUAGACCACAAACCAACAUUCUUCAUCCAACUCUGUCCUGGUCAAUUCUUUCUAGUUGUUAUUCAUCUUCUUAAUAUCUGAUUCUAUUCUCCGAGGUAAUGUGUUCCUUGGCCUUCCUUUUUUCCGUUUCCCUUCACGAUUCCAAGUUGGAGCUUGUCUCGUGAUACAGUUUGAUGAUUUCCUCAAUGUUUGUCCUAUCCACUUCCAACGUCUUUUCCUCCCUUCCUCUUCAUUUGAAAGCUGGUUUGUACUCUUCUACAGAAAGUUGUUGCUGAUGGUAUCCGGUCGACGAACAUUGAGCUUCUUGCUUUGACAACUGUUUAUCAAUACUUGCAUUUUUUGAUGAUGGUUGUAGUAGUUCUCUACGUUUCAGCUUCCUAUAGUAGAACUGUCUUGAUGUUCGUAUUGGAGAUUACGACUUUGAUGUUGGCUUGCAGACAGUUGUUUUGAGUUCCAUAUGUUCUUCAACUGUAGGAAUGUGGCCCUUGCUUUGCCAAUCCUGGCCUAUACGUCUAUAUCGGAUCCUCCACUCUCAUCGAUGAUGCUAUCGAAGUACAUGAAGCUUUUCACAUCUUCAAGAGCUUCUCCACCAAGUGUGAUUGGGUUGGUGUUCUCCGUGCUGUAUUUGAGGACCUUGCUUUCUCCUUUAUGUAUGUUGAGGCUUACUGAUAUAGAGACUGCUGCUACACUAGUUGGCUUUAUCUGCAUUCAUGUUCAUGUGUGUGUAUGGGAUAGAGGGGCCAGGUCAUCUGCGAAGUCCGAAUCUUCUAACUGAUUCCGAGCUGUCCAUUGUAUUUCCUGCUUUCUCUCUGCUGUCGAAGUCUUCAUAAUCCAGCCGACCACUAGAAGAAAGAGGAAGGGGAAAAUUAAGUAGCCUUAUCUAUCUCUGGUCCUCACUUGGAAUGCAUCUUUCAGCUGCCCUCCAUGCACGACUUUGCAUUGUACUCAUGAUUUAUUCGUCUCCUCAGAAGUGAGUAUCCACGAUACAGCCGUUCUUUGCUUCCCGAGUGUCAAUAGUGAUCUAGCUUAGAUUGACUUGAUUGAAUUCAACUGUUAAACUAAUACAAUUUUCACAAAUCCCCAUACUGAUAUUGUUUAAAUUUAUUCAUUAAUGGGUUUAGUUAUUAAUCAACAUUUGUUUUAUUAUUACUGUAAGCCAAAAUAUUCAACACUCAGCCUGAGACCAAGCCUAGAACACUCAAACAUUAUAAUGAGUGACUAAUCAUAAAACUACCUGGUUAGAAUCUAACUAUUCUAUAUUUUCUUCUUAAAUCAAUUAACUAGAAUUGUCGAAUCACGUCAAUUAUUACUGUCACAUUCCUGACAAUAUUGAACAUCACCAGUCACUUAUGAUUAACUAGAAAAUUUCGGAGCAAACAAUCGUAUAUUAGACAGAAGUUUAGCUUAUCAAUGGAUGCUUUCAAUGAAGAAUGAACAUUAGUUGAAAAAAAGGUACAAUUUAGAAUACCUUUGUGAUGUUUGAUGAAAUACAUUCCAUAGUUGAUGUUCACUCUGGGACUCGAACUGAGUACUGUUCGCUACGAUCACCAUCGUGUUAUUCAUUUGUUAUGACUUUAUGUCCGAAUUUUUAUCACGGGAUUUAUCCACCAAUCAAAAUACGACAUAUACAAUCUUAGCACUGUGCCAAACCAAUGACGUUCAACUGGUAUGAGCAGUCUAGCGUCUUUAUUGGUCCUAUGUCCGCCUAGCCCGUCCAAUUGAGUCCAGAACACCAAUACCAGCUUCCACUAUGGGAAUCAUAUAUUUCGAACAUACUGUGUUUAUAUAUCAAACAAACAGACCUCAACGCAACAUAAAAUAGGAAAUAACAUUUGUACACAAUAAAGCCAAAAAGUGUCUGUGAACGUGGGAGGCAGUAGUUAAUCAACUGAACAUAGCUUAACAACCGUAAAUCGUACAAUUGUGAACUAUGGGUCAAAAUAAAGCUUAUAAUAAGAGGAAUAUAAAUAUACAUAAUCUAGUUACCGAAUAUUUAUACCAUGAGAAUAUAUAAAUAAUAAUAGUUCGUUAAUAAGCCUCAGACGUUACUCGUAAUGUAAUCUUCACUAGGACGUAACACCAUUUAGCUACAGAGUCCUGUCAGCCACUUGCUUAUGAAGUGAAGUUUAAAUUCACUUGGUAUUGUUUACUUGAAUCUUUCCGUCGAUGUUUAGGACAUCAAUUGGUCAGUCUUUCAUAAUUGGCAUAUAUGCAUCCUGUGCGAAUUGUCUCGAUAUUAUCUUGAUUCACAAACAUUCUAAGCAAAGAUGGAUAUUGGCAAGCAGUAGAAUCCAAGAUGCGUAUUUCGUCCUAUUUGAGACUCGUCAGUUGGAUGUACCUGCAUCUCAGAGUUGAUUCUCAUUGUGGGACUCGAACCCAGUAGUAUGAUUCGCUUCAAACGCCAUCGCGUUAUCCACCCAACUACUAAGUCCUCAAUGAGAAGAUACAAGCCAAACAAUACCAAGUGAAUAUCAUAAUAUAAAAGAAAGACAAUAAGACCAGAAAAUAGUAACCAUAGUAACCAAAUUUAUCAAAUAUAAACUCUUUUGUCAUUGAUCAAUUAUAAUAAUGAAUGAAUUGUUUAACAUUUAAGUGUAAAACAAUUAAUUUUAGUUGAUUAUUCUCGUAAAUAUUAUGGAACAGGGGCUAAAUCAACAAUACAAAAAUCUUUUUGGAGACAUUAAACCUUAUAUAUUAUGAUGAAAAAAAGACUAUUUGUUUAUCCCCCUCCUCACACUUUUUAACGAAAAAUGGGGGUGGUAAUGAAAAACCGUGACCAGUGGAGUUCAACCAGGUCUGUUGUGAGAUAUCAGCUCACUGAGGACAACGGUGUACGGUGGCGCAAUUUGGUGGAUUGCUUGAAGCUAGACAUUAACACCGUUGGAUUACGGCCGGCUCAGUGGUCUAGUUGAUUAGGCGCCUGGCGCGAGACUGUUAGGUCCUGGGUUCGAAUCUCGCAAGAUCGUGGAUGUGCACUGCUGAGGAGACACAUACUAAGACGAAACUGCCAUCCAGUACUUCCAGGUUUUCCAUGGUGGUCUAGUUUAAAUUGACUCGUGAUUUCAAUCUGUAAAAAAAUUGUUAAAUCAAGUAUUUUCUGAAUGAUAAACUUGUAGUAUGUACUUUUAAAGUUUUGAAAAUGACUAGUAAACCACUUAAAAAAUUUACAGUUUUUAUUGUAGAUGUUAUUCAAGACAAAUAGUUGUCAGGUGAGAUGAUGGAGGAGAUUUUUAGUUUAGGUAGAUAGAUGAUUUCUAUCUGAAGUUUGUAUUGUUGAUGUUGUUCAGAAGAACAAUGAAAGAUCCAUGACUAAACCAUUCAGCUCAGAGAACAAAACUUCAUCAAAAAGUUGUAAGAUGAUCUAUGUCUACAAGUCAAAUGUAUAGUUGAUUUUGGUGGAGUUUAAUGAAGUUCACAUUUUUUCCUAAUGUGAGUUGAUGCAAGUUGAAUCACCAACAAAAACCUGGAAUCACUUCAUUCCCGUUUUAUCCAAGUUCAGGACUCCUCAGUAGUGCCCACUCACAAUCUCGUACGCGGGACUGAAGUCUAGAACCUUCGAUAACGCGCACGAACGCCUAACCUGUAGACUAAUGAGUUAGCAUUGAACAGUGUUAAUGUAGAUCUGUAUUAGGUUAAAACAACUGUCCAGUUCUUCUAGGUUUUCAAUGGUGAACUAGCUUAGAAUAACAAGUGAAUUCAACUAGUAAACUUAUUACAAUCUCCAAAACUCCCCCAUGCUAGAAACUUAUUCACUUACUUACGCCUUUUACUCCCAGUGGAUCAUAAGCUGCCAACCCAUACCGUCCUAGGCCUUCCUUUCUAUCUCUAUCCAAUUGUUGUUUAUUCUUUUCAUAUCUAUCUCCAUUUCUCGGAGCAAUGUGUUAUUUGGUCUUCCAUUUCUCCUUUGACCUUGAGGAUUCUAAGUGAGGGCUUGUCUUGUGACAUAGUUUAGUGCUUUCCUCAAUAUGUAUCCUAUCCACUUCUAGCAUUUCUUCUUGAUUACUUCCUCCAUUGAAAUCUGGAUUGUUCUGUCCAACAGUAGGUUGUUACUGAUAGUAUCUGUCCAACGGAUCCGAUGUAUUUUGUGUAGACAGUUGUUAAUAAACAUUUGUAUCUUCUGAAUGAUGGCUAUUGUAGUUCUUCAAAUUAAAGUACAGGUCCAUACAGGAACAUAACUUCAUAGAUGUUUGAUGAAAUCAACUUACAUAUAUCAUGAAAAUUCUCUUAUUAUCAAUAAUUUAUUAUCACUAACACUAAUGAUACAUAUCUAUGAUGUUUACAAGUUAACCACGCCUUAGUUUUUGGUGAUAAUUAACUAUUCUAUCAUUCAUCCUAAUCAUCAUCAUCAUCAUCUCCAUCAUCAUCUCAUAUUGUUAUAAUAU